AUGCUUCUUAUAUGGUCGUCUGUUUUACAGAAGCAGAUGUCGGUUGCUCCUGACGGAGGUAUCAAGUAUGCCGAAACCAUGGAUGGUGAUAAACCAAAAAUUGGGGGUUUGAUGGAUCCUCGUCAGGGUUGCGUAGACCGAACCUCUAUUUGCCAAACAUGCAGUGGAAAUUCCACAACUUGUCCAGGACACUUCGCUCACAUAGAACUAGCCAAACCCGUGUUUCAUAUUGGAUUUUUGAAGAAAACACUUAAACUUCUUCGUUGUAUUUGCUUUUUUUGCUCUAAGAGUCUCGUUGACAUACAGAGCGAUAAAAUUAGAGAUAUUCAAAACAAGACUAGAAAUGAUCCGCGUCGUCGUCUUACCCUCAUGUAUGAGGAAUGCAAAGCUCGUAGUACUUGUUUACCACUCGAAGAAGAUAACAAUGAUGAUCAGGAGGUAAAGGAAAGUAAGCACAGCCAAACUGGUUGCGGACGAAUCCAGCCAAAGUAUCGACGAACCGCUCUUGAACUCUCGGCUGAGUGGAAAGCCGUAAAUGAGCCCACUCAGGAGAAGAAAAUUAAUCUCACUGCCGAGCGUGUUUUAGAAGUAUUCAGGCGCAUAUCAGAUGAGCAUUGCACAGCUCUUGGUUUUAACCCUAAAUUUGGUCGUCCUGAUUGGAUGAUUUGCACUAUUCUUCCAGUUCCUCCUCUUGCUGUUCGACCUGCCAUUGUUAUGUUCGGUGCUGCAAGAAAUCAAGAUGAUCUAACGCACAAACUUGCAGAUAUCAUAAAAGCUAAUAAUUCUUUGCGACGUGAUGAGCAAAAUGGGGCCGCUGCUCAUAUUUUGAUUGAGGAUGUGAGAAAUUUGCAAUAUCAUGUUGCCACGCUUAUUGAUAACGAUAUUCCUGGUUUGCCAAAGGCUAUUCAAAAAUCCGGAAGACCUCUUAAGUCCAUUAAACAGCGCCUGAAAGGCAAAGCUGGUCGUAUUAGAGGCAACUUGAUGGGCAAACGUGUUGACUUUUCUGCUCGGACAGUUAUUACUGCUGAUCCAAAUCUUGCCCUUGAUCAAGUUGGAGUUCCCCGAUCAAUUGCUCAGAAUCUCACGUUCCCUGAACGCGUCACUCAAGCGAAUAUUGAUUACCUACAAAGAUUAGUGAAUAAUGGUACCAUGUAUCCAGGAGCCAAGUUUGUUGUUCGAGAUAAUGGUGAUCGUAUCGAUAUUCGAUAUCAUCCACAAAUAUCAGAUUUAACUCUGCAAGUUGGCUAUAUCGUUGAACGUCAUAUGUUGAAUGACGACUUUGUGGUAUUCAAUCGUCAACCAACUCUUCAUAAAAUGUCCAUGAUGUGCCAUCGUGUGCGUGUUUUGCCUUGGUCUACUUUCCGUCUCAACUUGUCUGUCACUUCUCCGUACAACGCAGAUUUUGACGGCGACGAAAUGAACCUUCAUUUGCCUCAAUCCGUGGAAACGAAGGCUGAAAUCAGCCAAUUAGCUCGUGUUCCACGUCUUGUUAUUACUCCUCAGGCUAACAAACCUGUUAUGAGUAUUGUACAGGAUACUCUUACAGCUGCUUAUAAAAUGACUCAGAGGGAUGUCUUCCUUGAUCGUGCUGAUAUGAUGAAUCUCCUAAUGUGUCUCCCCACAUGGAAUGGUCGUUUACCCAAGCCAGCUAUUUACAAACCUCAGCGCCUUUGGACUGGUAAACAACUCUUCAGUCUUAUUAUCCCUCGACGAAUAAACUGUUUUCGAACCCAUUCUACUCACCCCGAAGACGAAAACAAAGGCCCAUAUAAAUGGAUUUCUCCUGGUGAUACUAGAGUGAUUAUUGAUGACGGAGAUCUGGUCGCCGGUAUUCUGUGCAAGAAGACGCUUGGUUCUGCUGCGGGCUCCCUCAUCCAUUUGGUAGCUUUGGAAAAUGACUUCGAAACGGUAGGAAUGUUCUUCAACAAUAUUCAAACUGUUAUCAACAAUUGGCUACUGAUUGAGGGUCAUUCGAUUGGCAUAGCAGACACUCUCUACGAUCAAAACACCCGUAGAGAGAUUGGUGAAACCAUAACCAAAGCUAAGGAUGCUGUCUUCGAUAUUAUUGAUCAGGCACACAACUAUGAUUUCCAACCAAUCCCAGGUAAUACACUGCGUCAGACAUUUGAGUCUCAUGUCAAUAAGAUUCUGAAUGAGGCCCGCGAUAAGACAGGCAGUUGUGCACAGAAGUCCCUUUCAAAGUAUAACAAUUUCAAUACUAUGGUUGUUUCUGGUUCAAAGGGCUCCAAAAUCAACAUCUCACAAGUUAUUGCCUGUGUGGGGCAGCAGAACGUGGAGGGUAAACGAAUCCCCUUUGGUUUCCGCCAUCGAACCCUUCCUCAUUUCAUCCAAGAUGACUACGGUCCUGAGUCUAGGGGUUUUGUAGAGAAUUCCUAUCUUGCGGGCCUGACUCCAACUGAGUUUUUUUUCCAUGCCAUGGGUGGUCGUGAAGGUUUGAUUGAUACUGCUGUCAAAACUGCAGAAACUGGUUACAUUCAACGUCGUCUUAUCAAAGCUAUGGAGUCCGUGAUGGUGAAGUACGACGGAACGGUUCGUAAUCAAAUUAAUCAGCUUAUUCAAUUGCGCUAUGGCGAGGACGGUUUAGAUGCAGCGCAUGUUGAGUUCCAGACAUUGCCGACAUUCAAACCUUCAGAUGAAGAAUUUGAACGGGAGUUCCGCUUUGAUUUGAAUAAUGACCGGGUUCUUCGUCGUUGUGUCACAGAAGACCUACUCAGAAACCUUGCAACUGACCAGGAUACUCAGGCAGAAUUAGAUGCUGAAUGGGAAGUGCUGUGUAAUGAUCGUAAAAUACUUCGAUCCAUUAUCAAGAAAUCCGAGGAUCGUGUUGUUUUGCCGUGUAACAUCAGUCGUCUUAUUCAAAAUGCGCAAAAGAUAUUCGAAAUUGAUUCCCUCUCAAAAACUAAUUUACAUCCUCGAGUAGUUGUGGAACAGGUGAGGGACAUUUGCAAUCGAUUAGUUGUUGUGCCUGGAGAUGAUAAAUUGAGUAAAGAGGCCAAUUCGAAUGCUGUUUUGCUCAUGACCUGCUUGAUUCGCUCAAUGUUGUGUUCUAAGAGAGUGAUUCAGAAUUAUCGGCUAUCAUAUGACGCUUUAGAGUGGGUGCUGGGGGAGAUUAAGACUCGCUUUCAACAAGCUCUAGUUCAACCAGGCGAAAUGGUAGGUGCUUUGGCCGCUCAAUCCCUCGGUGAACCGGCUACACAAAUGACUUUGAAUACCUUCCACUACGCUGGUGUGUCUGCAAAGAACGUCACUCUCGGUGUGCCUAGAUUAAAGGAAAUAAUUAACGUUAGUAAACGUCCUAAAACUCCUUCAAUGACAGUUCACCUAAUUGGCCAGGCAGCCCGUGACGCAGAACAUGCUAAAGAUGUGGUAGCCCGCUUGGAACAUACAACUCUACGCAAGUUGGUGAAAUUAACAUCGAUCUACUAUGACCCAGAUCCGAAGAAUACAGUUGUGAAAGAAGACCGUGGCUGGGUUUCCACCUAUUAUGAACUCCCUGACUUUAAUUUGGACUUUAUCAGUUCCUGGGUGCUUCGAAUAGUUUUUGCCCGUAAGCAAAUGACCGGCAAGAAGUUGACCCUAGAACAAAUUGCGGAUACGAUUACCACCUCAUUUGGUAAUGACCUUAUUUGUCACAUUCCUGAUGAUAAUUUGAAGCUGGUUAUGCGCAUUCGAAUUAUGAAUAACGAAUUAGAACAUGAUCUGAAGGAUGCUGACACAACAUCGGAUAAGAUGGAGGAUGAUACUUUCCUGCGCUUCAUUGAGGCUAAUCUCCUCUCUGACAUCACUUUACAGGGCAUUCCUCAAAUCACCAAGGUGUAUAUGCAUCAGCCUAAGGUUAGUAAUAAGCAGAGAUUAUAUAUCAAGCCCGAUGGCAGCUUCGAUGUUAUUCAUGAAUGGCUACUGGAGACUGAUGGUACUUGUCUUAUGAAAGUGCUUGCCGAGCGAGGUGUUGAUGCAGUUCGUACUGUUAGUAAUGAUAUUGUGGAGAUAUUUGAAGCCCUGGGCAUUGAAGCUGUAAGGAAGGCAAUUGAGACGGAGAUGCACGAAGUGAUUUCCUUUGAUGGUUCCUAUGUCAACUAUCGUCACUUGGCCCUUCUUUGUGAUGUGAUGACAGUGAAGGGUCAUCUGAUGGCUAUUACUCGUCAUGGAAUCAAUCGUCUUGACACCGGUGCUUUAGCUCGUUGCAGUUUCGAGGAGACUGUCGAUAUUCUCAUGGAAGCAGCAAGUCAUGCCGAAUUUGAUCCCCUUCAAGGUGUCUCUGAGAAUGUCAUGUUGGGUCAACUUGCGAAAAUUGGAACUGGAUCAUUUGACUUGCUCCUGGACUCUAAUAAAUGUCAAGAAGCGCAGCCAAUUCCUAUUGGUGGAUCAGCAGGUAUUUUUACUGGAGUUGUUUAUGAUAGUUCUGCGGGUUCGUGGGCAAGUCCUCGUAUUGGUCUGACUACUCCUGGUGGCUCUCUUGCUGGAAUGACAGGAGAUAUCGGUGGUAGUACUCCAUGGGACACAGCUGCUUCCCCUGCAGGAUCAAUUAUUGAUGCUUCUCCAUAUGGAAAUCGUAUUGGAGGUGUUACUCCCCAUGAAGCCAUGUUUUCACCCCAGACCUAUAAGCAUGAUUUAUCAUUUUCUCCUGGUCGUAGCCCGCAACUAGAUAGUCCAAGAACACCCGAUGUUCUCUUCUCACCAGCUGCCUUCUCCGGUUUUGCUAGUCCCAUGUCUUAUAUCGGCACGCCUCAGACAGACAUCGGAUCACCGGGAUCGAGUCCUGGACAUUCUGGUUCUGCGAGUGGUAGCUCAUUCGGUUAUGCUAGUCGCUUGAGUAUGAGUGGGGAUGCUAGCUACUCUCCAAUGUCGAAACCAACUUACGGUGGGACAGGGAGUUCAUCUGGAAUGAGUGUUGGAGCAGACAGUAGUUCACCAAGCUAUUCUGGACAGCAAUUCUAUUCUCCUCCUACUGUGGGCUAUCAACCUCGUUCACCUCAAAGGAAUAUGACCUCUGGUUAUGGUUUUGGCUCAUCAGUUUCUCCUUCCGGCUCUUCACCGAAUAGUUUGGAUUCUUACAGUCCUGGUAGCCCUGCAAUGCCUACUGCAGGCUUUAGUUCAUCUGGUCGAGGUGCAGCAAGUUGGAUUACAGCCGGAUCUGAAUCACCUAGUCUCCUUUCCCCUAGUCUUGAUUCUGGCUCAUCAAUGGGCAACAGCUUGUCUAACUACAAUUCCAGUCAUCCUAGUCCCCCACAUAUGUACUACGGUUCUCCAUCUGCUCCACGAUACAGUCCUCAACCUUCAUUUGGAGGAGGUUCUUCUAUGCUUUCCUACUCCCCCCAUCUGGGAGCACCUAGUUCACCAGUCGGUGCUGGGUCCGUGGGUUUGAGUGGACCUAGUCAUUCCCCCUUGUCUUAUCCUACUACUCCAAACUAUCCUCUAUCUUCAACUGGUGGUGUUUCAGGUCCUGGUGCGAGUCCAAGUGGUUUGAGUGGCUUGGGAAUGUCUGGAACAAGCUAUGGGACUUCCUAUUGUCCCUCAGCGUCAUUCAGUCCAUCAAGCUCCUUCCAGAGUUCAUCUUCAAAUUAUAUGACUUCGAGAAGACCUACUUCACCAUCGCCAAGUUCGCCUGUUGGUUAUUCUCCGACAUCUUCUGGAAAUUAA